AUGGAGGCACAAUUGGCUAAGGAUGUUCGGCCAUUUAAUUUUAUGACACCAAUGAGGAUAAUUAGGGAUGCGAUUUUGGUGUCUAAGGGGGCGAACACAAUCAAUGUUGGUCGGGUUGUGUUGAUUCAGACGGAGCCGAGGAGUAGGUUGGAUGUUGAGACUCGGGGGACAAUGGAGAUGGUCUGAGAUAUUGCAUUGCUGCGGCAGUAGCUUCACCUGGUCGGCUUGUGGUUUCUAUUGAAGGGGACUCUGGAUUUGGGUUUAGUGCCAUGGAAGUUAAG